AUGAUGAAACGAUUGGGAAGUAGAAUCGUGGAUGGGGAGCGUAGCAAAGCAGAGAGGGAGGAAAGAAGUGAAGAGCCAGGCUUCUUAGAAAUCUACGCCGGUGGAAUGCAGAUGUGCUUCGAAGCGGAGGCACUGGCCAUUUCCAUCCCAAGACUGGAAGCUGGUGCUCCUGAUCUUUCUCACUGUCUGAUCUACCAGAAAUUCCAAAUUAUGGAUCCGGAUUACGCAUCGGGACCGGAGACGGGAGAGGAAGGGGAAGACGAAUUCUUUGAUUGCAACGAGGAAGAGACAGGGAAGGGUAAUGGGGACAAUGUCGGACUGAUGAAAACUACGUCUUCUUCCAGUCUCCCGCCAUGGGAUCAGCCAGAAGGGAGACUUUCCCGCUUCAAGGAUUAUCGUCUCCUCAAUGAACCCAAUGACUAUAUCUUUAUCCCUGAGCCAUCCCCAAUGACAGAGGACGUAUUAGAGGAGCAGGAGGAAUUUCUUCUUCAACUGGGAACCGAUUCACAAGGCAGGGAACUGAGGGCGAGGAUGCAGUCAGCUUCCCUUCUUGCAGACAUGGAAGCCUUUAAGGCUGCCAAUCCGAGAGCAGUCCUCGAAGACUUUGUUCGCUGGUACUCCCCCUUCGAUUGGAUCGUCGAAGAAAACGAGCCCGAAAGCUCGACGAAAGGUCACUUGAGUGCCCGUAUGGAGGCAGCUGGGAACACUUGGCAAGAGAUGUGGGACAGUGCAAAACCAGUUCCCGCCAGGCGACAGAAGCGACUCUUCGAUGAAACGAAGGAAGCCGAACGUGUCUUUCAAUACUUGGAAUCACUGAGUCUGGGAAAAGCCGUCUUUAUGCUUCUUCCAUGCUUCCUCCAUGCUGCCGUCAACCGGAUUUGGGAAGAAUGUUUGAAGAAAGUGUUCAAGAAGGAAAUGAAGCAUACUUCUAACCUCUAUCAUCACGCAGAGAAAGCUGCAAUGGCUGCUGUCACCGCAUCUCAGUCUCUGCCAGUCCUGGACAAGAAAUAUGAAGAAGUUAUGGUCCACAUACGGCAAGCAGAAGUGCAGCUAUCAGCUCUAGAGGCAAUUGGGGAACGUGUAGCAUCCAGCUUCCAAGAGGCAGAUGUGGAGGUCCAAGAGUUUUUCUUCUCCCUCCUUGAAUCCCCUGAAGUGGAAGUCCCUGGAGGACCAGGGUCCCACAUAGCUUCACAUAUCCAGGCUCUCUUUCUGGAGGUAUCCAAGUUCCCAGUGCCAAGUGCUCGGGAGGUGAUUUUGCGGACGAGCACCUCUCGUCCCACUCCAUUUUCCAAAUCUUCCCCCCAGCGCCUAUACUGUGUGCAAGCUCCCAACCAUUUCCACCUUUGUGGUGCUUUCUCACAGGAUACCACCUUCUUCUGACUCCAUAUCUCUUCUCCAUUCCAAAAUUUUAAAAUCACCAAUGAGGAAUCAUUCACAAUUCCCUGGAAACUGUUGUUCUCAAGCUUCUUGUAAAGUUUUAUAUCUGUC